CCUCAAUGUAGGGAGCAAUUGCCUAAUUUGUGAACAGUCAACUAUCUCGGUGAAUUAAUGGUAUACAAUAUUCGCUCAAGUAGUAGGCUGCGUUUGCAUAAUUCAAUAUCCAUUGAUGUAAGGCUAUAGCUUUGUUAUGUUUAGCUAGACACAUUGCAUUCCAACACAUUUUCUUAAAUGCACUUCAGGGGUUAGGAUUAACUCGUGGUUAACUGGAUUGUGGCUUUAAACCUUUAACCCGGUUGUCAUAAGAAAAAAAAUAUCCGGGUUUGCAUUAGCCGUUUGCAGUUUACGAAGUUCACAAAGCUGCUGUACCGCCGCUACCCCACACUGGUCAGGAGUUUCAUUGGAUCAACGCGGACAGAGAACAAACAUCAUAUUAAUUUCGGAAAGGAACGUAUAAACACAUUUGUUGGCCUGUCCGAGACCGAUAUUGAAAAUGUUUUCACUGUCAACAACAGUCCAACCACAGGUCACUGUCCCCCUGAGUCACCUGAUUAACGCCCUCCACUCCCUGAAGAGUUCGGUGGGAAGCAGCAGUAGUGCCACUGUUAAACGCAGAGAGCAGGCCUCAGAACAGGACUUGGAGAGCACAGAGGCCGCGUGGUGCCUGAGGGACCUGGGCUUGUCUGACCUGGGCGUGCAGCAGCUGGACGAGCUGGUGGCCGGUGCACUUCCACACUUGAGCCAGCAGAGGGCGGCGUCCACAUCCAUCCUCAGCCCGCGGGCCUGGAGCGUCUCCCACUGUUCCACGCCCUCCUUCUUCCGCAACAAGCAUGGGUUCUCUGGUGGAAAACUGGGCACGAAUUCCCCCGUUUUCUGCCGGCAGUUUCCCUCCCCUCUUCAGAACAUUUGCACAGAGCUCCAGUACUGGCCAGUGUGGCUCCAAAGCAGAGGCUUUAAAACUCUAAGGAAACACAAGCGCCUGCAGGAAAGCUUUGAGCGUCCCAUGGAACCAGGUGGCUUCACACCAUCCUUUAUGAAGGGCUUUCUGACACGUGACAAAGGGCUGGAGGUGGAAAACUUAAACAAGCUCCUGAAGAACAAGAACAUUCCAGAAGGUCAACAAGAUUCCUUCAAGACCGGGUUUGCGGAGGGCUUUUUGAAAUCCCAAGCACUUACGCAACGCACACAAGACUCUCUGAGGAGGACCAGACUGGUGCUGCUGGUUCUGUUCCUGGCUGGGCUUUAUGGCCUCUCCAAGACCCCCUUCCUAUCGGUGCGAUUCCGAACCACAUCAGGCCUGGACUCGGCUGUGGACCCGGUUCAGAUGAAGAACGUGACCUUCGAGCACGUCAAAGGGGCGGAGGAGGCCAAGAACGAGCUGCAGGAGGUGGUGGAGUUCCUUCGAAGCCCGGAGAAGUUCACUGUCCUCGGGGGGAAACUGCCGAAAGGGAUCUUGCUGGUGGGGCCCCCCGGGACCGGGAAGACCCUGUUGGCGAGGGCCGUGGCCGGCGAGGCCGACGUUCCCUUCUAUUACGCCUCCGGCUCGGAAUUUGACGAGAUGUUCGUGGGUGUUGGAGCCAGCCGCAUCCGGAACCUCUUCAGGGAGGCCAAAGCCAAUGCUCCUUGUGUGAUCUUCAUCGACGAGUUGGACAGCGUUGGCGGGAAAAGAAUAGAGUCUCCCAUGCACCCCUACUCCAGGCAAACCAUCAACCAGCUUCUGGCAGAGAUGGAUGGGUUCAAAACAAACGAAGGGGUCAUCAUCAUUGGAGCAACAAACUUCCCAGAGGCUUUAGAUAAUGCUCUGAUCCGGCCAGGACGUUUUGACAUGCAGGUCACCGUCCCCAAGCCAGAUGUCAAGGGGCGCACGGAGAUCCUCAACUGGUACCUCAAGAAGAUCAAAGUGGACCCCAACGUCCAGGCGGGCAUCAUCGCCCGGGGCACCGUGGGCUUCUCCGGGGCCGAUCUGGAGAACCUGGUUAACCAGGCGGCGCUGAAGGCGGCGGUGGAUGGCAAAGACAUGGUGACCCUCAAAGAGCUGGAGUUUGCCAAGGACAAGAUCCUCAUGGGUCCGGAGAGGAGAAGUGUGGAGAUUGACCAGAAGAACAAGGAGAUCACUGCCUACCACGAGUCAGGCCACGCCAUUGUGGCGUACUACACCAAGGACGCCAUGCCCAUCAACAAGGCCACCAUCAUGCCGAGAGGUCCCACCCUGGGCCACGUGUCCAUGCUCCCGGAUGAUGACCGGUGGAGCGAGACGCGCGCGCAGCUCCUCGCCCAGAUGGAUGUCAGCAUGGGAGGCCGCGUGGCCGAGGAGAUCAUAUUCGGCAACGAGUUCAUCACCACCGGUGCAUCAAGUGACUUUGACGCCGCAACCAAAAUUGCAAAAAUGAUGGUGACCCGAUUUGGAAUGUGCGAGAAGCUCGGGGUCAUGACCUACACCGACCAAACCAAGCAGAGCCCAGAGACACAGGCUGUCAUUGAACAGGAAAUCAGAAAGCUUUUAAAGGAUUCGUACGAGCGCGCCAGGGCACUGCUCAAGUCUCACGCCAAAGAGCACAAGAGCCUGGCCAUCGCCCUGCUGCAGUAUGAGACGUUAGACGCCAAGGAGAUCAAGAUGAUCCUGGAGGGCAAGUCCCUGGAGACCAGAUGAGACGUCCCCGGGCGGGGGCGUAACUGGUUAAUUAGGGGCUGGGGAGCAAUGGACGUUUCCGGACGGACGUCUUGCAUGGUGUUGCGAAUGUAAAUAUGCAAACCAAAAUUAGGAUUUAUUUUAAGGUAAACGAUCCACGCACAUUAAGCACACUGUAUUUUGUCUUCCUGCUCAUGUCUGGAUAAUUUUACUUUCCUGAUGUUGAUUAGAAAGAGGAUUGUGGGAUUUCUCCCUGUACUGGCACUUUUCCAUUGCCCUGGGCAUAUUCACAAAGCUUUUUUAACUUUGGAAGUGUUCUUCUUGCCAUAUUCCCAUGUUUGUGUGGUUUUUAUUUAUUUUUUUCUCUCAAUGUGCCCUGCCGUUAGUCUGUAUUUUGUGCCCUGUACCUACAAAUCCAGAAAAUCUUGCGCUGGGCCCUCAGAAUCACUUGAGACUAAUGUAUCCUCAGUAACAUACUCUUGAGACUUUUUGGAAUGUACUUCGAUAAGGGAUUGGUCUUGAGCCUCAGUUCAGUCUCUCUGGUAAGUCAGAACAUUUAAUUUAUGUAUUUAUAUUAGGAGAAAUGUCAGCGCUGUGUGUGUGGAGAUUGGGGGUGAAAUGCGUAGCCUUGGAAUUUCCAGAUUGAUUACACCUGUUCCAUCAGAAUCUGCACAGCGAAACAGAAUUGAAGCUUUCCAGACACCUUUGUUUUUAAAAUGAUUUGUAGUCUAUUCAAACUCAACAUUGGCCUAUUGAAACAGGGUUUUGGGAUCAACUUGGCCUCUCAAUUAAUUCAAAUCCCAAUAGUUGAUCUGUUAUUUAUUAAGGACCUUAAGUUGUCUGGCUCCUAGGUGUAACAUUGAAACAACGUUGAACAGUGAACAAGUUGAGAACCUACAACCUCUUGUGUUCUGGUUUAUCCCACUUCUACAAUAGACCCACUAUACACAUCUGAACACCAGCUGUCCCGGGCAUUGCUUCAGUAAAUCUCCUCUUAAGAAAACCUUUCCAUUGUAUGUUUUUUAGACCCUUUACGCUUGCAUUGGACCCAAGGACCUGUCUACUAAUUUUCUGCUCAGUUGGCCUGCAAGGGUCAAAUGCUUCUGCAAAUCAUUUGCUUCAGCAAUCUAGAAAUACCCACCUCUGGUCAGCCAGCAUGAAUAGUUUCUGCAUACUGCUUGAGGCAAGAGCAUUGAAAUCCUUUGUGUGCAAUGUAUCAGUUGAGUUGGAAGCAUUAUGAUAGCCACGCUGUUAGCAUUUAAGGUAUGAUAUUGAUAUUUCUUUGUAAAGUACAGUGACAGUAAAACCCCAGUUCCUGGUUACUUAUUUAUAUACUCUGUACAGUUUUGUUUACCCUGCCUUAGUCACACAUUUCAAGCUCCUGUUUUCUGCCUUUGACCCAAGUUCAGUUUGUGUAUAUAGGAAUGGGGUUUAACAGGAACACUGUGUAUAUGUGUAUAGAUAGAUGUUGGCCUGUGUAUGGAUUGGCUGGCUCUACAAUCUACCGAUAAGCUUUUCAUUCUGUCAGAGGUAUAUGACGGAUGAUGUUUAGUAAAUAUCAUUUUUUCUGAAAUAAAUAAAAUGACUCCAAACCCUACAGUGAUCCUAA